UCUUGAGCGGAGUCCAUCACCCUUCAGGCUUUCAAAGAAUAGAGCAGCCAUGGCAACAGCCACUAACUGAGUGUUUCCAAACAUGCCACUGAGCUGCAAGAAUGUGACAAAAAUCAGAAGCUACUAAACUGCUCAGGAAUCAGACUUUUGCAAAGAAAACAUGUCAUGCAUGAGUCUCAAUAGUAACUUAAAGAUGACAACUCUUGAGAAGACAAUCAGCAAGCAGCAGAGACCAUCUCUAAGAAUCCCAUUUGGUCAUCGGCGUAGAACAGAUUUAUUGCUCCUCAACAAUGGUCAAAUGAUGUCGAAACACCCACAAGCCUUUCCGAUGCUGGGAGAACUUCCUUCUUUGGCAGGCUUGCUGCUCUACCCUGGUAAGCGGGAAAAGAUGGUAACCACAACAGAAAGUGAAUUUGGACCCAAAAAAUGCCCAAAGGUAGAGCCAAAGAAGAUCCUACAGUGCAACCUAACUCUAGAUGGGGACAGGAGCUUCAGCACAACAAACAGGGAGGCUUACCCUUCUUACAACAUAGAUGGCGCUCCAAUCGCAUGUAAGGGAAAAGUCCCAGCAAGAGACAACAGGACUGGCCAAGCGCAGAGAUGUUCUCUUUACCAGCAGGACUUCCCAGCCCCAAAGAGAAACUAUGUUAGGAGAAAUCAGGUCGUACCUCAUCCUGACAACCUGGCGAUCAACACUUCAAUGAGAGCUGACUACAGAACAGUGCAGCAAGAGGCUUUCCCAGGCUGGGAUGUUUCUGUGCACGCCCGUCCAGCCCCUGCCCGACUCAAAAGAACAGAAGAAGGCCAGAGAGAAACAUUAUAGUGCAUUUAUACACUGGAUGCAUUAAUAAUAAAUCCAAUUUAAUGUGCUACUUUUCAACAUUGAUAACAGUAAGAAAUAUUUCUUGAGCACUAAAUCGGCAUAUUAGAAUGAUUUCUGAAGGAUCAUGUGGCCCUGAAGACUGGAGUAAUGAUGCUGAAAAUUCAGCUUUGCCUUUACUGGAAUAAAUUACAUUUUAAGAUUUAAAAUUUUAACCUAAAAAUUAAAGAAGAUAAUUAAAAUAGAACUGUUAUUUUGAAGUCGACAGGAAACGACUUGUUUUUGUUUUUGAAUGGUAGUAUAUCGAUCUAUCUAUAUCCAAAAUAAUGUAGGCUGUAUCAUCUAAAUAUGUCUGUCACUUAAUUUGUUCUGUUAAUUCAAAUUAUUGAGCUUGAAAUGACACUGAUAAAAACAGAUUUAUUAAAAAAGUAGCAUUUAA